CAAAGAAAACACCUCUCAAAGAAUAAGCACGAUAUUCUCACCACAAAAUUUUGAAUCAGUAGACUUGUUACAGCAAAGGUCCCCCACAAACAUAAUGGUAAUGGACUCGAUAGUGGAUCCUACAUGUGAUCAAAAACAUAUGUUACUUUAUAAUGUCCAACAACCAUUCGAAGUUCUGAUGACAGAAUUCGAUGAUGAAUAUCAUAAAACUCUUGUAAAUAGGAAUUCUUGGAAAACCUUUGUAUGUCACUUUGCCAAACACUUUGAAUUAAGUACACGUAAAGAAGGCAUUCCAAGUUCCUCAGACUAUACGUAUAAUUUGAAUGAAAAUGAUAAGCUUAAAUACUCCCAGGCUGUUAGAGUUUUAGUAGAAAAGGAGGCAGUGAAAAAUUAUUCUAUACCUGCAAUAGUAAAUGCAGUUAAAGAGUAUGCAUCUAAAAAGCUAGAUCUUAGCACAAGUGUAAAGAAAUUAAACAACAAAAAUAGUAUUAACGUUGCAGCAGCUAUAGUUAUUGUUAGACGAUUUUGUAGCACCUGGAAACCACGUUAUUUUUUGGCAGAUCAAAGCAGUAUAGAGGCAAAAAGUAUUAUGACAGUCUUCCUAGGCCUUAGCAAAG